AUGCGACAAGCGAGAGCUGUGGAUAUAUCCCCCGUCAUUGCUGCGCGGCAAAGAUCCGACCGCCAGGCUCGAAGUGCCUCUCGACAGCUCUUCCCUCCACUACCCGAGUCCUCUCCUUCGUACCGCGAUCUCGGCAUGAUCUGUGUUGAGUGUUCGCACUGCAAAGCUCUGCAUUUCGUCCAAGAACGCAUCGGGAGCAGCUCUGCCGCAAGGCCCAUUUUUUCCACAUGCUGUGGGAAGGGGAAGCUGUCAUUGCCGCUUCUCCCCGACCCGCCAGCUCUUCUGCGCUCUCUUCUCAUCGAUGAUACUCCAAGGGCCCGCAGCUUCCGUAAGAACAUUCGAGCACACAAUGUAGCGCUAUCGAUGGCAUCCGUGGUCACCGAAUGGGUGAACAGAGGUCCCGGUCCUUCUAAUUUUAACCCCACAAUGACGAUGCAGGGCGGGAUGUACCAUUACAUGGGUCCCAUGAUGCCAUCCGAAGGGCGGGCGCCUUCCUAUGCUUCCGUUUACAUUCAUGACACUGAAUACGCCACCCAGACGCGCACAAGGCUUGGAACCUCUAGACAACUGGAAGAGGCACUGAUGACGCAACUGACACACAUGCUGCACGAAUGCAACCCCUACGUGCAGACGUUUCUGUGUAUGCGAGAAUGGGCUCAAUCUCCUCACAACAACUGUCCUGCCACGUACCAGAUGGUCAUCCAUGCCGACCGCAGGCCAAGUCAUGAGCACGUGCGCCGGUACAAUGUGCUGGAUCCGAUUUCAGUCAGUCAUCGUGCAUACGAUCCAUUGAGUUACGUGCUUUUGUUCCCGAACGGUAGAGAUGGAUGGUAUCCAGAGCUUCGAUUCUCCAGUGUUCAAGACGGCAGACGUACCAAGAUUACUCCGAUGAUGUACUACGGAUGGCAUUUGUUCGAAAGAGCAGGCGAUUUCAGCACAAUCUUGCACGCAGCACGACUCUUUCAGCAAUACUUGGUUGACCAGUUCUGCAAAGUGGAGGCAGAAAGGCUUUCUUAUCUCCGCCACAACCAGACACAACUUCGAGCCGCCGACUACACCUCACUGCGCGACAGCCUAGGAGACUCCCGUCGUGCUGAAGAUGAAGCCGAUGCCGUGCGUGCGGGACGACUGUUCAUUCUCCCUUCCACGUACAUUGGAGGUGACCGCUAUAUGAGGCAGCAGAUGCACGACAUCAUUGCUAUAUCGAACCAAAUUGGCCACCCGGACAUCUUCCUCACCAUGACAUGCAAUCCAAGCUGGCCGGAGAUCACAAGAGCCCUACUGCCGAACCAAACGCCUCAGGACAGACCGGAUCUGUGCGCACGUGUGUUUCGUCUCAAAAUGAAAGAUCUCAUGUCCUUGGUCAUCAACGAAGAAGUAUUCGGAACCGUUGUUGCCCAUGUACGAGUCAUCGAGUUUCAGAAACGCGGUCUUCCCCACGCUCACGUUGUAUUUUUCCUAGAUGAAGUCUCCAAGAAUGAUCUGCGUACUCCCGAAAACGUCGACCGCAUUAUCUCUGCCGAGAUCCCGUCUGCCCAAGAUCCAGAACUCCAAGAGGUCGUGCUCAAGCAUAUGAUUCACAAUCCAUGUGGAGAACACAAUCCAACAGCCGUGUGCAUGGGCGAGCGGUACUGCAGGAAAGGGUUUCCAAAAUCGUUCAAACACGAAACCAGCCAGUCCGACAGUGAGUACUACAUCACGUACCGAAGAAGGGCACCCUCUGCAGACAACUCCUGGGUCGUUCCCCACAGUCCUGUGCUUCUACGUUCAUUCGCUUGCCAUUUGAAUGUUGAACUCUGCGUGUCACGCGUUGGCGGAAUCAAGUACCUCUUCAAGUAUGUGUGCAAGGGACAAGACCGAGUGACCAUGGAAAUCACUGCCGAGAACGAGCGCUACGACGAGAUCUCCAACUUCCAAGAUGCCAGAUACGUUUCGGCAUCGGAGGCCGCAUGGAGGUUAUUCUCCUUUGACAUUGUAGACCGCAAUCCUCCAGUAGUCAGGCUUGCAGUGCAUCUGCCCAACCACCACACGGUUUACUUUGAGGAAGGGCGAGAGCAGGAGGCGGCGCUUCGACCAGCAACAGGCACGAAGCUGACCGAGUGGUUUAAAGCCAACGAGAAGUACCCAAGCGCGCGGCAUAUUCGGUACUACAAGUUUCCAAGGUACUUUACGUGGAAGACACACACCAAGUCAUGGAUGCCAGGUGCAACAUCCUUCGAGAACUUGCGAAAUAUCGACGGCGAGCAGUGCACCAGCUUCCGACAAGCUUGCUUACUACUCGGUUUGCUGGCCGACGAUGCCGAGUGGAAGCACGCAAUCCGAGAUUCAUUCCGGUCAAGCUUCGUUCCUCUUUCUCAUCUGUUUGCUACGAUUCUGGCACACUGCCAGCCUUCGGACCCUCUCUCGCUGUGGAACGACCACCUGGACAUGUUUCUCACCGAUAUUCGCAAUCGUGCACGCGGACAACCUAUUCGAAGACAGCAGCUUCGCGAUGAU